CACCAGAUGCUUAGCUGCCUGUUGAGCACACAGAAACACCUCUGUUAAGGAAAUGUGAAAGGAGAAGCAGAAGCGUGCCCUUUGGAAAUAGCUCUCCUGUCUGACAUCCAGGAGGUUUCCAGAGAUCUGUCUCAGCAGAUUCUAUAAGUUGAAGGAGAGUCCCUGUUGCUGAAGACACCAAGUACUUUGGAUACAGAACUUGGAAGACUCCAACUGGACCUGAUCCAAAAGCCUACCCUGAAGGCUAGCUCUCAUAAUUCCAAAGGUGCUAUACAUGCAUGCUUUCAAGAGAGGAUAAGAUCAAUAGUAUUACCACUGUGAUGCCUAUGAGCCAUAAUGACCAGCAUGGCAAGAUAUCACUACAGCUACAUCAUGAAAAGAAGGAAGCCCAAACUGAAGUGAGUCACAAACUUCAUUCCCAUCACAGGACUGUGGCUUGGCCUUGAGGUGAGCAUGAUGAAGAAGAACAAGAGCAAGAGCAAGAAGUUAGUGAAUAAGCAAGACGCCCUCUGCAUCCCACACUAUUACAGACUAGGACAUCUUAAGAACAUAUUAGAUGGAGGAGAGUAUGCGCCUUAUGUAUCCCCUCCCAUAUUGGAGAGCAAUUUUAUUCAGGUCAAUAGGAGAGGUGAAUCUAUUUACCUGCAUAACCGAGCAAACUGGGUGACCGUAGGCAUCUGUUCUUCCAAUCACGUCUUCAAGACCCCCAAUAUGAUGCUGUUGGCACACCUGACGACAGAAGCUCGAAAAGAACAAGAACCCCUCUUUAAAACCAUUCUGAAGUCUUCCUCUCCUGGGAAUCUGGUGCUCACCAGGUUUAUCCCUCUACAGUUUGUGACUAUUUCUGUGCACAGUGCUAAGAACAUGCGUCUCAAGGUAAAGCUGAUCAACGGCCGGUCUUACUACUUACAGCUCUGUGCUCCUAUGUAUAAACAGGAUAUCAUAUUUUCUCAGUGGGUAGACCUCAUCCCCCUCUUGAAUCAGGAGAAAGCUAAAACUACCCAAGUAUCAGAGAUCUCAAGCCUCUCAGAGAUCACAAACAGCACAGACAUCACAGGCUCAUUGGACAUCACAGACAUCACUGCUUUACCAGAACUGCAAACCAUGUGCUCGAAAACGCAGAGAUGCCCUUGCAACAUCAUGGAAAGUGAAGACUUCUCCGAAUAUACAGAUGCCACUGAUGUCACAGAUGUCACUGAUGUUCUGGAAAAUGAGGUCACAGAUGUUCAGGAUAUAAAAAUUGUCACAGAAGUCACAGAAGUCUCAGAAGUCCAAAUAUCCACAAAUGUCUCAGGGGUCAAAAUAGUAUUUGAAAAUGACGAUAUAAUAAAGAACAAGCAGGAGGAAAAGGACAACAAUCUGAAGCACAGGAGUCUACGAGAUACAAAAACUAAGAAUGACUACCGAGAUUCCCCCAAACAUGUCUCCAUCUCAAACAGAACCCUGGCUUUGGAAGAUGAAGAAACUUUUCAGACUACUCUGACUCCUGUAAAAAGCAAGGAGGACAUAUGCAAAGAAAUAUAUGAUGAAACUUCUGAAGAAAAGAUGAUCAGUCUUCAGAACACACAUCUAAAGGCCACAGAAUCCAGGAGUACAAGAACUGACUCAGACACUUCAGAUGGUGAACUGAAGCUUGGAAGAUAUUUGCUACGGGAUUGAACACGAGAAGCCUUAUAGCCAAGCACAAACUCACAAACUCAUGCAUAUUUCUGUUUAGUAGUGCUCUAGAGAACAAUCCUUUACCCAUUCUCUUGGCCCACUGCCCAGGGGAUUUGUCUUCCUUCACCUGAUGCUCUAAAGAUGGAAAGAAUUUCUUUCCCACCUCCACAUCAAGAAAAAGAUCUCCAGACGUCAACAAGAGACUACUACCGGUGAUGUAUUAAAUUCGGAAGUACAAAUAAACAUUUUGCAAUUUGGAAA